UGAUAUCGGGUUUGUUUCGGAUGUUUGUGGAGCUCGAGCUAUUUAUUAUUUUGGUUUUUAUUUAACAAUAUUAUCUCAAUAAUUGUCGAUAGCACUGUGUUGAGCAUUUAUCCGUUUAAUAAAUCUAUAUUAAAGUUGCAAGUCGCGACCACAAAACUUUGAAGAUGGCAUUUGUGAAGGAACCUACCGUCGUCGGUGUCCCCAACUUUAACGCGGCAGAAGAUGCUGCAGCUCUGCGAGCGGCCAUGAAGGGCUUUGGAACAGAUGAGCAAGCUAUCAUUGACAUCCUCACCACCCGUUCCAAUAUCCAGAGACAGGCUAUUGCUCAGGCUUUUACUCAUGAAUAUGGAAGGAAUUUAAUUGAUGACCUCAAGUCGGAGCUUGGUGGUCACUUUGAGGAUGUGAUUGUUGCUCUGAUGAUGCCCCCCGCGGAGUACCUGUGCCGGGAGCUGAACAACUGUAUGGAGGGCAUGGGCACGGACGAACAUGUGCUGGUGGAGAUCCUGUGCACGCACUCCAAGAAUGAGAUUGCCGAGAUUGUGCAGACUUAUGAGAAUUUGUACAAUCGUCCAUUGGCAGAACACAUGUGUUCCGAAACUUCUGGGGACUUUAGGAGACUGCUUACUCUUAUAGUUACAGGGGCGCGAGACGAAGAGGCGGGGGUGGACGCGGGGCGCGCGGUUGAGGCGGCGCAGCAGCUGUACGACGCCGGCGAGGGGAAGUGGGGGACGGACGAGGAGAUCUUCAACAAGAUCCUAGCGCACGAGAGCUUCGCGCAGCUGCGUCUAAUAUUCGAGGCGUACAAAGACAUCGCGGGGCGCACCAUCGAGCAGGCCAUCAAGGCCGAGAUCGGCGGGGAACUCAAGGAGGCGCUGUCCGCUAUCGUGGAGUGCGUGGAGAGCGCGCCGGCGUGGUUCGCGCAGCGGCUCCGCGCCGCCAUGCAGGGGAUGGGCACCGACGACAGAACCCUCAUCCGCAUCGUCGUCAGCCGCUCCGAGCUCGACCUGGCCGCCAUCAAGCGGGAGUACGAGAGACUCUACGAUAAGACCCUGGAGAGCGAGAUAAGGGUAUGUCUGCUCGUGCCGUCUCUUUCAGUUGAGUGCGUUGAGAACGCGCCGGCGUGGUUCGCGCAGCGCCUCCGCGGGGCGAUGCAGGGCGCCGGCACCGAAGACAAGAUCCUCGUCCGAGUGAUCGCGACGCGGUCGGAGAUCGACCUCGCCGCUAUAAAGAGAGAGUACGAGAGACUGUACGAUAAGACGCUGGAGAGCGAUAUCGCGCAGGGCGAGACUUCCGGUGACUACAAGAGGGCCCUCAUCGCACUUCUGGGACCGGCCUAAGAAGUACAGAAGUAGAGGAAAACACUGGCGCAGCUUUAGUUUUGUAUGUGCUAGCAAGAAUGUUGAUAUUAUUUUUGCACUGUAUUUUUAUACUUUGAUCUUUAAAUUGUAUUAGUUAGUGACCAGUGAUCUGCCUAGAAUGAUUAAUAUGGAAUUAAUUUCCAUUGUAUUGUGGUAGUGUCAAUGUUGUAUUGUUUGAUCUAGAAGGCUUUUUUAUAGGAAGGUUUUUUUAUUAUAAAUUUAAAUAUUUAUGAAUUUUAUCAUAUCUAAAUAUAUUAUUCUUAACAUCGAAUGUUGUUCAACAAUUAUUAGCAUUUAAGUAAUAAUUAUUUUAAUGAUGCCUGAAUGAGCCGAACUGAGAUUAUUUAUAAUAGUGCCUUGAUAAAAUGUUACUAUUUAUGUAAAUUAUAUUGAUUGUUAUUGGCCUAAAGCAUUCCAUUAGACUCCCACCCUGUUCGUGUUGCUACCUUAUUGAGUUACAUGAGUACUAAAAUGUAUAAUUAUAUUAAUUUUA